UAGUACACCCUCAUAUCAUAUCUUAUCCAUAUCCAGUGCAUGUAAAAUGGAGACAACUAGUGCCUUAUCCAUAUCUGGAAUAGUCUUAUUGGAAAAUAGGUCAGCCACCUCCUUAUCACUUAUUGGUAUUAUCUCAUUAUGCACACUUCUAACUUGGAUCACCACACUCCAUGAUUUGUGGUCAUGGUUUUUGUUAUUUUUCCAAUCCACAGUUAACUUCCUCUCCACCGCAUGGCACGGCCAGGCAAAAGGUAAGCACACCAGGUUUUAUCCUGGUGUACCCUUUGACUCUGACCCUGACCAUGUUGAUGAAGAUGAUAACAAUGUAUUAAUAUCAAUUGGAGAAGUGGAGGUGGUGAUGGAGAAGCUAGGGAUAUUUUAUGAACCAGGUUGCGAUGAUGUGGUUGGAGAGAGGCUGGGGUCAGAUGAUGUGGCAGCGUUGUUUGAUGAGGGGGAGGGGGUGAGCUUGGAGGAAGGGAAAGAAGCUUUUGGUGUGUUUGAUGAGAACUGUGAUGGGUUCAUUGAUGCAAGUGAGUUAGAGAGAGUCCUUUGUAAGUUGGGAUUUACAGAGGUUUCACAAAUGGAGUGUCAAAAGAUGAUUGCAAGCUUUGACGACAAUGGAGAUGGUCUCAUUGAUUUCAGAGAGUUCCUGAAACUCUUGGAAGAUAGUUCUUGGUAGCUAACCUAUGUCAUGCAUGCAUGGAAUUUUACUCCCAAAAUAAAUGCUCUUAAUGCCAAAUUUACUCUUGGACAUAGUUUAUGUUUAUAGCUCACUCUUAAGUAACCCCUGUGUUAAAUAUAUGUAACUUUUUAGGACUAGUAUUUUUGUAACAUAUGUAGGUGACCUCAUUAGAUCUUAUUUUAAUCAAAGUCGUGUGUAAUAUGUAGAUAUAGUUCUAAUUGUUAGGUUCUUUGUUCCUGUGGAUUGCUUUAUCAAAUAUCUUCUCUCCUGUUAUUUAUGUUAUUUUGUAUCGUGUUUUGUCUUU